AUGUUGGGACUACAGGGAAUUCUGAUAGCCCUGCUGGCAUGCCUCCUAAUUCUGUUCUUUCGGAAACCGUUGGCUUCACAGAGGACCUACCCUCCUGGGCCUCUCGGGUUACCAAUCAUUGGAAGCAUUUGGAUGUUAGGCUUCGGGCUUUCCAAAGAUCUUCUCAUUAAGCUGGCAAAGAGAUAUGGAAAUAUUUUCACUGCAUGGCUGGGAUCUAAACCUGUCAUUGUACUCUCUGGAUUUGAGGCCAUGAAAGAAGGGCUGAUCAACCACUCCAAAGACUUUGCUGACCGGCCAGUGACGCCUCUCCUGAAAGCUGUAGGAAAAGAACGGGGUAUUAUACUGUCAAAUGGUCACACCUGGAAGCAACAGAGGAAGUUUGGCAUAGUUGCCAUGCGGAAGCUGGGACUGGGGAAGAAAGGCCUCGAGCACCAAAUACAACAGGAGGCCCAACAGCUUGUUGAGACUUUUGCAUCUGCAAAAGGGCAGCCAUUUGACCCUUCACUGCCCAUCACUACUUGCAUCUCCAAUGUGAUCUGUGCUGUGGCUUUUGGACACCGGUUUUCUCUUGAAGAUAAAGAAUUUCUCAAGCUGAUGGAAGCCAUUGACUACAUUUUAAAAUUUAUAGGUAGCAUCAGUCAUGCUCUGUAUGAAAUUUUCCCAUGGCUCAUGGAACGCCUCCCGGGGCCUCAGAAAAAGGUGCUUUCACACACAGAGACUAUACUUUCAUUUUCAAGGAAGGAGAUAGAAAAACGUAAGGAGCAUGAAGCUAUACAUGAGCCACAAGAUUUUGUUGAACUCUAUCUGUUUCAAAUGAAGAAAAGCAAGAAUGACCCUAACUCGACAUACAAUGAAGACAAUCUGACUCAGUGUAUUUUUGACCUCUUCAUCGCAGGAACAGAAACAACAUCCUUGACAUUGCAGUGGGCAUUGCUCCUCAUGGCAAAUCGACCAGACAUCCAAGAGAAAGUCUACAAGGAGAUGGAAGAGGUUUUGGGUUCCUCUCAAUCAUUCAACUAUCAAGAUCGGAAGAAGUUGCCCUAUACCAAUGCUGUGAUUCAUGAAAUCCAGCGUUUUAAAUAUAUCUUAAUAUUUGGGGUCCCCAGAGAAACUGCAAAUGAAGUGAACAUGCUGGGUUUUGUCAUUCCAAAGGGGGUCAUUGUUGUUCCGGACCUUCGUUCCGUUCUUCUGGAUCCUGAACACUGGGAGACACCUGAGGCAUUCAACCCAAAUCAUUUUUUGGACAAGGAUGGAAAUUUUGUGGAAAGAGAAGCAUUUCUUAUAUUUGGUGCAGGGGCCCGUGAGUGCCUGGGAGAACAACUGGCAAAGAUUGAGCUCUUCAUCUUCUUCAUCAACCUACUGAGGUCGUUCACUUUCCAGCUGCCAGAAGGAGUAAAACAGCUCAGCGAAGAACCUGUAGUUGGAGCAUCAUUGCCUCCCCAACCUUAUAAGCUCCGUGCUGUUCCCCGCUGCGGCACUUCAUAAAGUAUACCAAUUGGAAUGAUCCACUUGUUACUGUCAAUUUCUUCUUCAUUUCAUUCACGUCAUCCUAAUCCUGCUCUGACCUCCUCAGUUCAUUCUUUCCUUGAUUUUUCCUUGAGGAUCUUUCCUUGAGGAGGCAUUUUGACUGAUGCCGCCUCAAAAGGAAUUCUGGCAGAUCUGCAAUGCUGUUGAUUGCUAAACUUGUUCUAUUGCUUCACAAAUUAUCUUAUUUUUAGUUUGAUGUCUUCAAAUAAAUGCUCAACGCAGAA